UUUGGAUGCACCAUACACUAUGGUUCACAUCAAUGUGUUGAAAAAAUUCACAUGUGUUCUUGUGGUGAUACUGGUAGCUCUGACAGUUUGCCUGUGGAGAGAGACGAGAAGAAGCUACUAUGUUCCUUUCAAGACCAAGAGUGAUGAUUUGCAGGUUCACAGGAGUUCGGAAAAAUGGAACCCACUUAAACCGCAGAGCCUUUUGCAUGAAGCAGCCAGUGAAUUGGGUCAGAUACCCAAAACGUGGUUUGGUAACCACAACACAGUAAAAGGCAGCACCUCUGGAACUGCUGAAAAGUCCAAGAAAGCAGUAGACUCUGUGAAGGUAUGGGAUAAGGACAGUUCAUCCAGAAACCUCAUACCCAGGCUGCAGAAGGUCAGAAAAAACUACCUGUCCAUGAACAAGUACAAUGUGACUUACAACGGGAAGCGGAAUGCUGUGAAACUCAGCCCAGAGAAGCUGCUCUGCCAGCUACGGGACAGGGUGAACGUGACCAUGAUACAGGGAUCGGAUGGUCCUUUUGAUACCUCUGAAUGGCAGCAAUACCUACCAGGGAAAAGCCUCAAUGAAACAGCGGGCCGCCUGGGUCGCUGUGCUGUCGUGUCUUCAGCAGGGUCUCUGAAAUCAUCGCAUUUGGGACAAGAGAUAGACAGCCACGAUGCCGUCUUGCGAUUCAAUGGGGCUCCUGUCAAGGGGUUUGAAGAAGAUGUGGGGCAAAAGACAACAAUUCGUCUUGUGAACUCCCAG